UCUACUUGCCUUCUGUUACUCAUCUUAAACGCGCAACUAUGAUUUUCCCUUGUUUUGCCAUUCUUGUCAUUCUAACAAUAUCAGCCACUUCAGAUUGUAACUACAAUGCUGCAGCGACAUUUUUAAGUAAUGUCACAGACCGACAAGCUUUGCUUUCUGUCAGGACUUACAUAACAGGACAUCCGCCUGUGCUGAGUUCGUGGAACAAUUCCAUCCACUUUUGUCACUGGGAAGGCGUUAUAUGCAGCCGCAGACAUCAGAGAGUAAUGGUUCUGAAUCUUUCAUCACAACAACUGGAAGGUACUUUGUCUCCUCAUAUUGGAAAUCUCUCCUUCCUCAGAGCCAUUUUUCUUGAUGGAAACACCCUUCGCGGCUUUAUCCCUGUAGAAAUUGGUAAGCUGUUUCGCCUACGACAUCUUUACCUAGGAAGUAAUUUCUUUCAAGGUCGAUUUCCAAUGAGUUUAAGUUACUGUUUGGAACUUAAAAGUAUCAGUAUACCCAAAAACUCUCUCAAAGGAAAUUUACCUGAAUUUACUUCUUGGUCUAAAUUGACAUCUUUCAAUGCACUGAAAAACAAUUUCACUGGACCAAUUCCGUCUUCAAUUGGGAAUAUGUCUUCUCUUCAAUUCCUUGAUCUAGGAGGAAACUUCUUAACAGGGAGCAUCCCUUUGGAAGUUUCUGAUCUUUCGAAAUUAGAAUAUCUUCAACUGGCAGGAAACAAUCUAUCAGGUAAGGUUCCUGUGCAACUUUACAAUAUCUCUUCUCUCUCAUCUUUUAGCUUGGCUAUAAAUGAGUUACUAGAAGGAAAUCUUCCAGCAGAUUUAGGCUCCACCCUUCCUAACCUGCAAGUAUUCUUUGCCGGAGGCAAUAGUUUUUCAGGGCCUUUUCCACCAUCAAUAACUAAUGCUUCACAGCUUGUUCUUAUUGACAUAGCAUAUAACUAUAUUGUUGGCCCUUUGCCAAUGAAUUUGGGAAGCCUCCGGAGUCUUGAAGAGAUAAACCUGGGUGACAAUAAACUUGGAAUCAAUCAGCAGCCUGGUGACUUAGGCUUCCUCGAUUCCUUGGUCAACAGUACUGGUCUAGAGUAUGUUGGCCUAAAUGAAAAUGGUUUUAGUGGCGAGAUCCCAAGCUCCAUUGUCAAUCUCUCGACAACAUUAGAUGGUUUGAGCUUAUAUGGAAAUAACAUAUAUGGAAGCAUACCCCGAGAAAUUGGCAAUCUCUUGAACAUAACAGAACUUUCAUUGUCUGAAAACAUGUUAACAGGAAGUAUUCCUGCAUCUAUUUGUAAGUUAUCAAAGUUAGGUAGUCUGUCCCUAGGCAAUAACAACAUUUCAGGAGUAAUUCCAGCUUGCAUAGGGAACAUUACUGGAUUGCUUCUUCUCAGUUUGGAGAGUAACAUGCUCCAUGAAACCAUACCUCCUUCAUUGUUCAAUAUCUCAUCUUUACAAGAAUUGAGGCUUUUCAGCAACCUCCUCAGUGGCAUGAUACCUGAACAUAUUGGACUUUCUUCACUCAGUCGCGGUCUUUUCUUGCAGCAAAAUCUGUUGACUGGGCCACUGCCAUCCAACAUUGGAAGCUUAAUACAUCUUGUGAAACUACGUGUUUCAGACAACAGACUUACUGGAGUGAUACCGGCUAGUCUGCGCGAUUGUGUGAUGUUGGAGGAACUGCUCAUGGAAGGAAAUCUUUUUGAUGGGAGCAUUCCAUCUUCUUUAAAAGGUUUAAGAAGUCUUGCAUUUCUGGAUCUUUCAAACAACAAUAUAUCUGGAAAUAUUCCACGAUUUCUCGGUGAGUUGCCUCAAAUUCAGUUCCUUAAUCUAUCACACAACAAACUUGGAGGUGACGUGCCCAAGAAAGGUCUGUUCUCAAAUGUUAGUGCUUUUUCAAUUGUCGGAAAUUUUCAGCUUUGCGGAGGUAUUCAAGCAUUGAAAUUGCGUGCUUGUCCUGCAAACAUCUCAAAGACUAAGGAAAAGCAAUUUCCAUUGAGAAUUCUGCCCCUGAUUAUUGUUCUUCCUCUUGCGGCAUUGUUCGCAUUUUUUGCCUUUGGAUUCUACCAAAUUAAGAAAUCUAAGAAGAAGAAUGCUCCAAUCUUGGUUUUGCCUGAAGAAAAAUACCCUAGAAUUUCGUAUCAAGAUCUUCUACUAGCAACAGAUAAUUUUUCACCAAACAACUGGCUAGGUGGUGGAAAAUAUGGUUCGGUGUACAAAGGAAUUAUGGAUUCAUCGCAACAGAAUAUCGCAGUGAAAGUGCUAAAUAUUGAAGUACAUGGAGCCAACAAGAAUUUUUUGGUGGAAUGUGAAACGUUGAGGAUUGUUCGUCAUCGAAAUCUCAUCAAGAUCAUCACAGCUUGUUCUAGCACUGAUUUUAAGGGUAAUGACUUCAAGGCAUUGGUUUUUGAGUUAAUGAAGAAUGGGAGUCUAGACAAUUGGUUACAUCCAAGUCUAUCUAAUCAAGAGACUGAAAGAAACUUGACUCUACUCCAGAGGUUGGAUAUUGCUAUCGAUGUUGCAUCUGCGGUGGAUUACCUGCAUCAUCAAUGUCCGACAAAAAUCCUUCACAGUGAUAUAAAGCCAAGCAAUAUUCUUCUUGACGAGGAAUUGGUUGCUCGUGUUGGUGAUUUUGGUUUGGCCAGAAUUCUGUUAACCAGUACAGGUGACAUAAAUAAUCAAGCACAAUCGAAUUCUAAUUCGACAGGCGUUCGAGGUACCGUUGGAUAUGUUCCUCCAGAAUAUGGAAUGGGAGGGAAGAUAUCUGCGGAAGGAGACGUGUAUAGCUAUGGUAUUCUAUUACUAGAAAUGUUCUCGGGCCAAAGACCUACAAGCAUUUUGAUGGAGAAUGCUAAUGAUCUACACGAUUAUGUGAAGAAGGCUCUUCCCCAUGGAGUGAUGAAGAUUACCGAUCCCCGAAUUGUUAUACAGCGAGAGGAUGGCGGCUCUCACGGGGGAGAUAUAGUUGCAAAGAGUGGCAUAUCGAGCAAGAUGGAAGUUUGCUUGGCUUCAAUAUUUGAAGUUGGAAUUUUAUGUUCGGUUGAAAUUCCGAAAGAACGGAUUGACAUUGGUAUCGCCGUUAAGCUCCUACGUGUAGCAAGAGACAAACUUCUGAAGCACGGGCAGUAACCAGUAACCGCCGGGAGCUCGGUUAUGUUUAUGUUUACUUAUAAGUUACUUAUAUGAUUAGAUAAAUUCAAUGUUGUGUGUACUUGUGUUUGUUAGCGAGCAUGGCAAAAAACAUGGCCUUUGGUUAUGUUCACAUUGUGUGAACUUGUGAGGUGCUGGUAUU